AAAGCAAACAAAGAAAAUUUUGCAUAAAGGCAAAACUUUCAAGCAGCCUACGAAACUUGCUGAUGAAAUGAUAUUUACUUCAGUAAAAGACAAUUCUUCGCGAUACAAAGUAUCCCAAUGUACGAAGAACUGGACUGAGGCCUCUUCUCCUACAAGCAUGGUAGUCACAAGACAAAGAUGACGGUUGGUUAUAUAAGCUGUUAUGAGCGUAAGCUGCCAAUCAUUUCAGCGGUUUAAUGGCACAUUAUCAGCUAGAAUCGCUUUGAAUUGAUUUGUAUCAAGUUCAAGUCGUCAAAAUGAAAAGGACCCUGUGCUUCAUGAGCGUGUAUUCUGCUUGUAUCUUGUCGUCGCUGGCCGAAAGGUAUUUUCAACAAGAAGAUGAGAAAUUCUUGAGCGGGAUAAAACAUUACGAAUUUGUUGAGCCGAAGCUAAGCAAACCAUGGAGAGAAGUUGUGGACAACCAAAUUGAAUACGGUGACAGUGAAAGCAGCUUAAAAAGACGUCUUUCGUUCGUUCUUCGCGGACAAAGCGUUAGCAUUCUUCUCACUUUAAACAGCGGUCUACUUUCACCGAACUUCUUUGAAAGGCAUGUCACCAAACAAGGUCACAAAUAUGUUAAAGAGGCCGAUCGAGAUUGUCAUUUUCACGGUCACAUCGAGGGAGAAAGUGAAAUGGUCACAGCUUCUUUAUCCACUUGCAAAGAAUCAAUCGAGGGUUCCUUCACAUUGGGAGAGACGUCGUACGUUAUUCAACCUAUAAAGAGCAAAGACGGCAAGAUAUUCCACGUUGUCUUUGAUCAAAAAUAUGGGAAAGCAUUGAAAGAAAGUUGCGGUACAUGCGGGUACCAAGAAAUGGCCGAUUCUAUAGAAAUUAGUUAUGGAAAUCUGUCGCAAUUUAAACAGAGAGCUCGAAGAAGCGUUAUUCAGAAACCAAAGUACAUUGAGAUAGUCGUUGUAAAUGAUAAAGUUGAGUACCAAACGUACGGAUCAGAGGUUGCAACUCGUGCGAUCGGUGCAAUGAACUAUGUCGACCUGACAUAUAAAGUUCAGAACAUACGUGUUGUCCUGGUCUUCAUUGAAACAUGGACGAACACUGAACCAUUCGCCGUUCCUUCAACUCAGAACCAGUAUCUCGAUGCGUUCAACGUAUACAAACGGGAUGUGCUUGACCGCAAUAAAACAACAUCCGCGGAUCAUGUUACCCUGAUCACACGAAGGAUUUUCGCAAAUAGCCCAGACGGUUUGGCCGGUGUAAGAACGAUAUGUCAUACAACAUCGACGUCUUUAGUAACCGACCGAUCUGACGUAAGUAUAUACGGCUCACUUCUAGCUCACGAAUUAGGCCACAGUCUUGGCUUUUCACACAUUUCUAGUGGUUGCAACUGUAAACAAGUAUAUGCUAGGGGCGAAUGCAUGAUGAAUGCUAUUGUUGGCUAUAGCCCCCUGAAGUGGUCAGAUUGUACGUUAGCUAAAUGGAAAGCAGUUCAGCUGACCGUCAACUAUGGCUUUUGCUUGCUCAACACUCCGAGAAGGCCGUACGUGCCGGUUAAAUGUCAAAAUGGGUUUAUAGACGACGGAGAAGAAUGUGACUGUGGAGAUGAACAAACUUGUAAAUUAUUGGGAAAUCAUUGCUGUAACUUUACAACCUGUAAAUUUUAUCCUGGAAACGACUGCGACGUUGGUACAUGUUGUAAUAACUGUACGUUCAAGCCGAGCGGAUCAAUAUGUCGCACGGCAACCAGUCCAUGUGAUCUAAGUGAAUAUUGUAAUGGGGAGAGCGCUGAGUGUGCACAAGAUACUUAUGUUAAUGAUGGUCAAUCGUGUCGUGUGGCAACGGGCGAUAGUUACUGCUACCAUGGAUCUUGUCAUACACUUAAUAAACAGUGCCAUAUCCUCUGGGGGGAUGAAGGCACUCAAAAUUCUCCAUUUUGUCAUCAAAAAAUAAAUGUUCUUGGUGUAGCACAUGGCUUCUGCAAACUUCUUGCUGGUAACAGCUACAAGAAAUGUUCGCACCUUGAUUCGUUGUGCGGGAAACUUCAAUGCACCAAUGUGAAGAGUGCAAGGACUGCAGCUGGAGUUUUACCUAUAGAUGCCAAAAUUGGCUCGGUGCGUUGCAGGAGUGCCUAUCUAAAACAGGAUAACAUCGCGUUGGGUGGAAUGGUCCUCGAUGGAACCAAAUGUGCAGAAAAUAGGGUGUGUAUAGACAACAAAUGUAAGAGUACAAGCGAAGUAUUUCAAAAACCUGCAUGUCCCAAUGAUUGUUCGGGUAAUGGAAUAUGUAACAAUAAUGGUCACUGUCAUUGUAACGCUGGUUAUGGUUGUCCAAACUGUACGGAGAAAUGCAAAGUGCCAAAUAUCGGUGGAAGUAUCGACAGUGGAAAUGAGUGUCACUGUAAAGAGCCGACAACCACAGUUACAACAAUUAUCACCACUACACCGAAAAUUGUGACCACCACACCGGAAAUCCUGACUACCACACCGCAAAUUUCAAAUGGAUAUAACACGAGCAUGAACAUCACUUCCGCUCCAACCGAGGUUAAAGGUGAGGACGGAAAAGGCGGCAAAUUCACCGACAGCACCACGAAUACUGUUGCGCUUGGUUCUGGAGUCUUUGUUUUCAUCGCAAUAUGCGUUCUGUGCUUCGUUUUUCGUAAGAAAAUCAAGGAGGCAAUUGCAAAACGUCGAGCAAAGCAAGAAAAGUCACGACACAACAAAAAUUCACAAUGGGAAACUAGAGUAACUUUUAAUGGUGAUGCUGUGACUUUUAGUGAGAUACGACGGGUUUGAUUUUAGCAUGGUUUGUAUAUACGCAUGCUUUUAAUUUAUAAAUAAUGAACGUUAAUUAUGAAUAAUUUUUGUUCCGUCUUACUAUUUUUGAGAAGUCGUUUGAGCAAACGAGAAAUUUGAUUUAAAAUUAGAAUUGUAAAAAUGGUUGAAAUAAUAUUUGUUCAUUUAUUGUUUACUUGGAAAAUAUACGAUAGCGUUUUUAUUUCAAUAAAUAUUUGUACCAACUUUUA